AUGGUUGAUAAUUAUUACAAGCACAAUAAUGGAAGGAUAUGGAUUUUGUGGGAUGAGACUAGAAUAAAGGUGACUACUCAUACCAUAUCUACUCAAUUCAUCCACUAUAGUGUUUCUCACCUCAAUGGAAUUAGGAAAAAUUGGUUAGCCGUUAUAUAUACCUCAAAUGCCCUUGAACAAAGGAAGGGCCUUUGGAAGGAUUUGACCAACAUCCAAGCCAAUGUCACAGAGGCUUGGUGUCUUAUGGGUGACUACAACAAUGUCUUGAGAGCUCAAGACAGAAUUGGGGGUAAUAUGGUUACAGAGAAUGAGUACAAAGAUCUUAUUGAUAUGAUGGAUCAAGUUGGUCUCUAUGAAAAAGAUGGUUGUGAUGAUCACUUCACUUGGUGUAAUAAUCAGAGGAAUGACAUGAUAUACUCCAGAAUUGACAGGGUCCUGGGAAAUAUUAAUUGGCUUUAG